AUGCUGCACAGGGGGGUGCCCCAGGGGACCAUCCGCGCCCCAUUAACCGGCCUUCAGGGAAAGGAUAAGGGAUUGCUCCACCGCUCCCCGCCACCGCCCACCCACCCGGCCCACCAGCCACUGCUGCAACCCCCCCGACCAACACAGCACACCGCGGGACCCCCACAGCCCACUAUGCCCGGGGCAGGACAGGAUCCCCACUCAGAGUGGGUGACACCCCGCCUACCCAUCGGCACCCAGCCAGCAACAUGCGCCGGGGCCCAAGGAGGAUACUUGGACAUGGAAAUUUGUUGCCUGCUGUUGAUCCUCUUCGGCUUCUCCUCGGCUGAAGAUUAUUACUACACUUCCAUAGGUCAAAUGACACAGCUGCUCUACACAGAGAAGGACUUGUUGGCCUUGCUGGACAAAUACAUUGAUGCUGAGCAGAAGAAACUGGACCAGAUGAAGAGGCUGGCUCAGAAGCUGGCCAACCUCUCGACAUUUACCGUUGAAGACCCCAAAAUCGUCUUGGGCCAUCCUUUGAACUCCUUUGUUUUUCUGAAGAGGCUAAACCGCACAUGGAGUGAGCUGGAGAAUUUAUUGUUUACCGACGUGUCUGAAGAAUUUGUUUACAAUCUCAGAGUCAGGAUGAAAAACUUCCCAGAUGAGGUUGACCAGACAGGUGUGGCCGAAGCCCUUCUGAGGCUGCAGGACACGUACAAGCUAGACACCGACACACUCGCCAAAGGGGACCUUCCUGGAACUUCCAGACUCCUCAGCACCCUUACUGCAGAAGACUGCUUCUUCCUGAGCAUGGUGGCGUAUGAGACGCUUGACUUCUACCACACAGUUCUGUGGCUAUCCCAGGCUCUCCGGCAGCUGGAACAGGGCGAGACGCCCGGAACUGUGAAUGCUGUCACAAUCCUGGACUACCUCAGCUACUCCCUCUACAAGCAAGGAGAUCUGGAGCGGGCCUCCGAGUUCACCAAGCAGCUGCUGAAGAUUGAGCCCCAAAACCAGCGAGCCCUUGAUAACCUCAAGUACUUUGAUUUCCACCUGGAAAAACAAAAGACAGGCCAGGAAACUCCAGAACCCCUCAAGACAGGACGAGCUACUUCCAACCCUGUGUAUGAGCGGCUGUGUCGCGGCGAGAGCUUAGAGUUGACACCAAGAAGACAGAGCAGACUCUUCUGUCGUUACCAUGACAACCACGGCCAUCCCAGCCUCCUGAUAGGUCCUGUGAAAGAGGAAGAGUUGUGGGACCAACCCCGCAUUGUCCGCUACUACGACGUGGCGAACAAUGACGACACUGAAAUAAUCAAAAAGUUGGCCAAACCGAGACUUAUGCGCUCCAAAGUGCGAGACGAAAAGACCAACAAGAUUUUAGCAAUUCCGUCCAGAAUCUCCCAAAACGCCUGGCUGGGCGACUUUGAGUACACGGUUGUGGACAAGCUGGCCAAGAGAAUGGGCGACAUAACAGGCCUAGACACGUCCACCGCAGAAAUGAUGCAGGUGGCCAACUAUGGAGUCGGGGGACAGUACGAACCACAUAUAGACUUUGUAGAGGAUCAUGUUCCAGAACCGUACAAAGAAUUGGGCACAGGAAACCGCAUUGCCACCUGGCUGCUUUACAUAAGUGAUGUACCUGCAGGGGGUGCUACUGUUUUCCCCAGAGCGGGCGCUGUUGCAUGGCCCAUAAAGGGUUCGGCCGUGUUCUGGUACAAUCUUCAACUAAAUGGAAAGGGAGAUUAUCUGACCCAACACGCUGCCUGUCCUGUCCUGGUGGGGAGCAAAUGGGUGGCUAACACAUGGCUGCACGAGCGAGGACAGGAGUUCAGAAGACGCUGUGGUCUGCAAAGUUCCAUCUGA